UAGCAUGGUUAGCUUAGCUGUUAGCUUGGUUAGCUUGUGUGGUCGGUGUGUGUGUGAGUGUGUGAGUCUGCGCAGCAACAAUGUGUUCCGUGGAGCCUCUGAGAGAGUUUAUCAGAGAGAGACUAACUGCUGCUGCGGAGGAAAUCUGCUCCCAGCUGGAAAGAACCAUCGUCCGCUUCGAGGAGGAGAUGGACCGUCAGCGCAGACUGCUGGACCUCACCUGGAGAGCCCGAACCCACCAGAACCCCGCAGUUCUCCCACAGAGCUCCGUCUGUAGUGACAGGGAGGUUCUAGAUGACCAGAGGAGCUCCAGUCUGGACCAGGAGGAACCAGAACUUCCACAGAUCAAAGAGGAACGGGAGGAAUCAGAACCUGAGCUGAACAAAGAUGAGUAUGUAGAGGUGUGCAUCAGUGAGGAUGAAGAGAAGCUGGUGCUGAAGGAGGAGGAGGAGGAGGCCGACGCCUUCUCUGUGACUCUCACUGACCACGAUGAACCAGAACCAAGCCAGCUCUGUCUCCAGUCUCAGAACCGAUCCCAGAACCGGUCUCAGAACUCUCCAGAAGCGGAGGAGCAAGAAGGAGGUGAUGAAGAAGAGCUGGAGACCAAGAAGAACGGUGACGGCGUAGGAACGUCUGCAGCUUCUGACACCGACCCGGAUAGAAAGUGCGUUCAGUGUGACGUCUGUGGGAAGAGCUUCACUCAGAGCUACAACAUGCGGGCUCAUCGGCGGAUCCACUCCGGCGAGAGACCGUUCUCCUGUCAGGUCUGCGGCAAAACGUUCUUCAAGUACGACAACCUGCUGGUGCACCUCCGCACCCACACCGGACAGAAGCCCUACGCCUGCCAAAUCUGCAGCAAGCGCUUCAGCCAGCGCAGCAACCUCACCUUCCACAUGAGGAUCCACGCAGGUGAGAAGCCUUUCACCUGUAACACCUGUGGAAAGAGCUUCACCUCCAGCGGCCAUCUAACCAUCCACACCAGAACCCACACAGGAGAGAAGCCCUACCUGUGCAACGUCUGCGGGAAAUGUUUCAGCCAGAGUGGCGGCCUGUCGGCUCACAGGCGGACCCACACGGGCGAGAGGCCCUUUACCUGCAAGGUGUGCGGCAAAGGUUUCAUCAGGAGCGAUGAGCUGUUGGUGCACAUCAGAAUCCACACAGGUGAGAAGCCUUACACCUGUAAGGUCUGCGCCAGGAGCUUCGCUCGGAGCUGCCACCUAACCACCCACAUGAGAACGCACACCGGGGAGAAGCCGUACUCCUGUAAGAUGUGUGGAAAGAGUUUCAGCGAAAACCGCAGUCUAACGGCCCACAUCAGAACGCACACGGGCGAGAGGCCGUACUCCUGCGGCACCUGCAACAAGGCCUUCACCGACAAGCGCAACCUGGCCGCCCACGCCAGGACGCACACGGGCGAGAAGCCGUACUCCUGCUGCGUCUGUGGGAGGAGUUUCUCUGAGAACCGCACGCUGACGGCUCACAUGGUGACGCACACGGGGGAGAAACCGUACUCCUGUGGCGUCUGCCGGGAGAGCUUCACCCAGAGGAGCAAGAUGGCCGCCCACAUGAGGGCCCACGGCGAGGAGGAGCUUCAGGCCGACACGCCGGGGCCUCCACAGGGCUGAAACUGCUGCCCAGCUGGACUUCUGAACAGCUUAGUGGAUAAAAGGCAAACAGUGCUUCAGUAAAUCUGAUGAUAGUUUGGCUUAAAGAUGUAGGAUUUUAUCCUGCUUAACGUUUCAGGGCCUCUUAGUGGCUUAUUUACUGUUUAAAGGUAAAUCAUGACAUUGAUUUAAAUAAACUGCAUUUCUAACGUUUGAAAUGUAAACACAAUCAACCCAGAUGUACUACAGUACAUCUGUAGCCCAUCUGGCUGACCUGUCUCACUAUGGCAUCCUGGGUAAUCUACCUGGCCUGCCAAAGUAUUCACACCCCUGGUACUUUUAAUGUUCUGUUUCCUCCCAACCUGAGUUUAAAACGGAUUAUUUGAGGGCAAACAGGCUUAAAUCAGAGGCAAACGGACUUCUGCGCAUUUCUUUGUGAAAUCGUUUGGACCAGCAGUCUCUGUUGAACCUGGUGGCUCACACCUGGACAGGUGUUGCAGCGUUUUCAGAUAAACUGAGCAUAAGUCCGGUUCCCUCUCAUUUAAGCAUGUUUGCUGUUGCAAAGACCCAGAUCUCUGACAAUUUGCACAAGCAAUAUUUUAGGGUGCAAUUAAAUACUUCUGUUAUUUAAUGUUUAAUCCAAUAACCCUCCAUCUGAUACAGCUCAGUUAAUAUCAGAGUCCCGUUUCAAAGCUGCUUAGUGGACAUCAGAGUCAUUUCUGGCUUUUCGGCUUCAGAAAGCUCAGCAGCCGUUACCUCGGCACCUGCAGGUAUACUAUAUUAUUGUUACUUAUAAUAAAUUAUAACUGAACCUUAUUAAACUGUAUUGUCAUACUUCAUAUAUACAGUUAUGGCCAAAAGUAUUGAGAAUGACACAAAUAUUAUAUUUUCACAUGAUCUGCUGCCCUCUGGUUUUCAUGUGU